UAAAAGACAAUAAAGCUCGCUCACAGAGCUCAGAGCUGCACUGAGAGGCGGAGCAGCUUUGGGCUGCAUCGUCAUAUUUCCUGAAAUGAAACUUAAAGUUCCUCUGAGCUGAAGCAGAGCUGCAGCCGAGACAAGUCUCUUUAUAUCUCUCCAAAGAAACAUUCAACUGAACCCAGAGGGUUUUCUCAACAACGCACACUGAGUGUAGACAUGGCUGCUGCCAGCUGUCUGCUGACUGAACAUCAGUUCCUGUGCUCCAUCUGUCUGGAUGUGUUCACUGAUCCAGUCACCAUACCAUGUGGACACAACUUCUGUAAAACCUGCAUCACUGAACACUGGAACGUUAAUGCCUCGUGUCAGUGUCCUAACUGUAAAAAGCUUUUCAACACAAGACCAGAGCUUCAUGUCAACACUUUCAUCUCUGAGAUGGCUGCUCAGUUCAGACAGUCAGCUCAACAGAAAGCCAGCAGCAGCAGCAGCUCAGAGCAACAAGUUUCCAAACCAGCAGAAGGUCUCUGUGACGUCUGCACUGGAACCAAACUGAAGGCACUGAAGUCCUGCCUGGUGUGUCUGGUCUCCUACUGUGAGACUCACCUGGAGCCUCAUCUGAAGAUGCCACGGCUGAAAAAACAUAAGCUGAUCGACCCUGUGGAGAACCUGGAAGACAGGAUGUGUAGGGAGCAUGAUAAACUUCUGGAAAUGUUCUGUAAGGAUGACCACAUGUGUGUCUGCAUGCUCUGCACUGUUUUGGAUCACAAGACACAUGAUGUUGUUCCUCUGAAGGAAGGAUAUGAAGGAAAGAAACUCGAGCUGGAAUCCGAAAUUCAGCAGAUGAUCCAGAAGAGACGACUGAAGAUUGAGGAGAUCAAACACUCAGUGAAGCUCAGUCAGAGAGGUGCAGACAGAGAGAUAGCAGAUGGUGUUCAGGUCUUCACCGCUCUGAAGGAGUCUGUUGAAAGAAUCCAGGCCGAGCUCAUCGACACGAUCAAAGAGAAGCAGAGAAAGACAGAGGAACAGGCUGAAGGCUUUAUUAAAGAGCUGGAACAGGAAAUCUCUGAGCUGAAGAAGAGGAGCUCUGAGGUGGAGCAGCUCUCACAGUCUGAAGACCACCUUCACUUCCUCCGAAGCUUCUUGUCCUUGAGCACCGCUCCACCCACCAAGGACUGGACAGAAGUCAAUGUCUGUCCAACUACAUUUAAGGGGACAGUGAGGAGAGCUGUGAAUCAGCUGGAGGAGACACUUCAUGAAGAGAUAACGAACCUGUUUAAGGCUGAGCUGAAGAGGGUCCAGCAGUAUGCAGUGGAUGUGACACUUGAUCCUGAUACAGCACAUGGCUGGCUCAUCAUUUCUGAUGAUGGAAAACAAGUUAAACAUGGUUAUAUAAAGAAGGAUCUCCCAGACAAUCCAGAGAGAUUUGAUUCUUUUUUUGCUGUGUUAGCAGAGCAGAGUUUCUCCUCAGGAAGAUUUUACUUUGAGGUUCAGGUUAAAGGGAAGACUCACUGGACUUUAGGAGUGGCCAGAGAGUCAGUCAACAGAAAGGGAGAGAUCACACUGUUAUCACAGAAUGGUUACUGGACGAUUUCUAAGAGGACCGAAAAUGUGUACUGUGCUGAGGAUGAUGAUUUUAAAGUCAGUCUCUCUCUGAAGUCUCAGCCUGAAAAGGUGGGAGUGUUUGUGGAUUAUGAGGAGGGUCUGGCCUCCUUUUAUGACGUUGAUUCUGCAGCUCUCAUCCAUGCUUUUACUGGCUGUUCCUUCACUGAGAAACUCUACCCACUUUUCUGUCCUUCUUAUGUCAUCUACCGAUCAUUCUUCCAGUAUAUGGAUAGAAACACUGCCCCAAUGAUCAUCUCUCCUGUCAGUCACACUGAGUAGAACAACCAUUUGAUUUUCAACAGACAGAUUCACUAACAUUUAACGUCACAAAUGUAAAUUCUUCCUCCACUCUAUUAGGUACACCUCUUAACGCACAGAGCUAAUCAGCCAAUCACAUGGCACCAACUCAAUGCAUUUAGACAUGUAGACAUGGUCAAGACCACCUGUUGAAGUUCAAACGAGCAUCAGAAUAGGGAAGAAAGGUGAUUUAAGUGACUUUGAACGUGCCGUGGUUGUUGGUGCCAGACGGGCUGGUCUGAGUAUUUCAGAAACUGCUGAUCUACUGGGAUUUUCACACACAACCAUCUCUAGGGUUUACAGAGGAUGGUCCCAAAAAGAGAAAAUAUUCAGUGAGCAGUAGUUCUCUGGGUGAAAAUGCCUUGUUGAUGCCAGCAGAAGACCACACCAGGUGAGACUCCAGUCAGCUAACAACAGGAAACUGAGGCUACAAUUCACA